UUGAAAACAACCACGAGUGAGGAAGCGAGAUGAAGAGUGAUGGGGCUGGUCGUGUUGUGUGGCUGAGGCGGAAGGCGUAGAGACAGCGGUUGGUUGUGCGCCCUGAGCUGCAACUUCUGAGUAAAAAAGCCAGUGGAGGAGAAGGGUCUGAAACAAAAACAACAAAGUUUCCUUUACAGUCAGGUCAGUUGAAAUACGUUGGACAGCUAUGGAAAUAGAAAAUGAGCAGACGGACAAUAUCAAUUCUACAGAACUAGAUAAUUUGAGUGAUACUCUGUUUUCUGGUGAUGAGGAAAGUGGUGGCACCGAGGAAAUAAAAAAUGAGAUAAAUGGUAAUUGGAUCCCUUCAGUAUCUCUUAAUGAAGCUAAGAUCAAUGCCAGAGCAAAGAGGAGGCUGAGAAAAAAUUCCUCUAGAGACUCUGGCCGAGGAGACUCAGUGAGUGACAAUGGAGAACCCCCAAAAAGUGGAGUCACCAUACCAACAAGUCCCAAAGGAAAGCACCUCGAUAGACGAUCUCGUUUGGGAAAGGGAAGGGGCCUUCCAAAGAAAGGUGGUGCAGGAGGCAAAGGUGUUUGGGGGCCACCUGGACAAGUGUAUGAUGUAGAAGAAGUAGAUAUCAAAGAUCCAAACUAUGAUGAUGACCAGGAUAACUGUGUCUAUGAAACUGUAGUUCUGCCAUUGGAUGAAAAAGCAUUCGAGAAAACACUGACUCCAAUAAUCCAGGAAUAUUUUGAACAUGGGGAUACUAAUGAAGUUGCGGAGAUGCUGAAAGACCUCAGUCUUGGUGAAAUGAAAUACAGUGUACCGGUGCUGGCUGUAUCAUUGGCAUUAGAGGGGAAGGCCAGUCACAGAGAGCUGACCUCUAAACUCCUUGCUGACUUAUAUGAAACAGUAGUCAGCAGACGUGAUGUGGAAAAGUCAUUCGACCGGCUUCUCAGAGACCUACCAGAAUUAGUACUGGACACUCCCAGAGCACCACAGUUGGUGGGCCAAUUCAUUGCAAGAGCAGUUGGAGAUGGAAUUCUGUGCAGUAGCUACAUAGAUGCUUAUAAAGGCACUGUGGACUGUGUGCAGGCUCGGGCUGCUCUGGAUCGAGCUACUGUACUGUUAAGUAUGACCAAAGGUGGGAAACGCAUAGACAAUGUGUGGGGAUUCGGAGGUGGGCAACAGCCUGUGAAGCAUCUUGUUAAAGAGAUUGAUAUGCUGUUGAAGGAAUAUCUUCUUUCAGGAGACGUUUCUGAAGCAGAACGCUGUCUUCAGGAGUUAGAGGUCCCUCAUUUUCACCAUGAACUUGUAUAUGAAGCAAUUGUAAUGGUUUUGGAAUCAACUGGAGACACAAAUUUCAAAAUGAUGCUCAAUUUGUUAAAAUCCCUCUGCAGAACUGCUGUCCUAACUAUGGACCAAAUGAAAAGAGGUUAUGAACGAAUUUACCGUGAAAUCCCAGACAUUAAUCUUGAUGUGCCACAUUCGUACUCUGUGCUUGAGCAGUUUGUAGAGGAAUGUUUUAGUGCUGGAAUAAUUUCUAAACAGUUAAGAGACCUCUGUCCUUCCAGGGGAAGGAAGCGUUUUGUAAGUGAAGGAGAUGGAGGCCGCCUGAAAACAGAGAGCUACUGAAUACAUGAACCAACUCUUGCAGCUGUAGAUGCUUAAAGAAAUAUAUUAUGUAUAUAUUUUGUAAUAAGAGUUGCUAUGCAGAGUUGUUAUUUCUGAAAGAUCCAAUUGUUUCGGGGCACAAAUACCUUCGGAAGGUUUUACAAAUUGGUGUUCAGUUUCUUUUCUCUACAACUAACAUUGGCUAAAAGAAUUAACUACAUUUGUAUGGAGAUUUGAUAACAUGUUGUUCUUUGGAAAAUGCCGUAUGCUUGAUCUCAUGUGUUUUGCAUCGAUGCCUGCCUGCCACUCCCUUAUUUCAAGGACAGUGCUUCCAUAGUAAAAUCACUGGUUUAUACAAAGCUUUAUAAAAUCGGUUGUUAGGCUGCUGAAACUGUACUUUGGCUGCUGCUGUGAAGAAGAAAAAGUUAUAUUCUUUAAAUAUAGUUGAUCAUAAAAUAUAUUCAUUUUCUUCUAGGGGAACAUAUUGAUUUUGACUUAAAGACUAGUUCAGCAAAUGGUGGCUGGAACAUCUAUUUUUUCCUAUGGAACUGGAAAAAUAAAUUGUUUGGAUAGAAUGUAUUGUACAAAUAAACUUUAUGAAGUA